AUGCAUGUUGAAGGCAAGAGAAGUGAUACUUUAAGCUCUGAAUCCAAAUCACCAAAAGGAAGUAUGAAGCCUCAAGUCACUAAGAAGCUUUCAUCUCGCUCUAACUGGUCUUCACUACCACGGCAUGAUGAUUCAAAAAAGGAUGAUAGCAUCCUGGUUAAAGGAUUCUCUUCUUUUGUCUCCUCUCUUGUGCUGUCAAGACCAAGGAUUCUCUCUACGAAGUGA